AUGGCGAGACAAUUACCCUUGCAUCUCUCCCACAAGAGUGCACUAGUGCUAUUGCCUCCCGCUAAUAUCGCUGCACCUAUCGAAGGCGUCCGACGCACGCACGACAAGAACUUCGAGCGAUGGCCUGCGCAUAUAAACAUGCUAUACCCUUUCCUAUCGUCACCUUCUGAAACUAGUGGGCAAGGCGAGGACUCGCACUCGUCUCUCAAGCCUGACAUACGUGUCCGUAUCGCAAGAGCCGUUCAAGACAUACGAUCAUUCCACAUAACGCUCAAUGCGGAUCCACCCGGGUUCUUCAGCCACGGCAAAGGGGGCAGCAAAACAGUCUGGCUAGGUCCUACUACAGACAAUGUCCAACGGCUUCAAGCAGUUCUGCAACAGGAAUUUGCUGAAGUAAAUGCAGAUCGGCGGCCCUUCGUCCCUCACCUCUCUGUAGGACAGGUGAAGAGUGAGGUCCGCCUGGAUGAACUCCGCACACUGACCAGAAAGAGAAUAGCGGAACAUCUGGAUCACAGCCCAAAUGAUGAAGUCAUGCCUGCAGCUUUGGAUUGGCAUGUUGAUCAAGUAGUCGAGACUAUCAAGCUAUAA